GUGGCGUUGGGACGUCAUAAGGCUGCGCCGCGCUCCUGCAUCCUGAAUAAAGGACAAACACACAGAAAAACUCCUGGUGAAGCGACUGAGAUCCACUAUUAUAAUGAUGGAGUUUAUUAAAGAGGAGAGCGAAGACAUAAAGAUUGAAAAAGAAUUCAGAGUGAAACAAGAAGAAACCGAGGAACAAACAGACCUGAUGGCACUUAAAGAGGAGACUGAAGUACUAAAUGAAAUGGAAGAGAAAGAUCAACAUAAAAGUCAUCAUGAUUUCAUAACUGGGGAAAAAUAUUUUAGUUGCUCAAAGCCUGAAAAUACUUCCUCACAAAAAAUAGUUCAGAAGACAGGAACUAGAAGUCACUUCAUUUGCCAACAGUGUGGAAAGAGUUUCAAUAGAAAGGAAACCUUAAAGACCACAUGAGAAUUCACACUGGAGAGAAACGUUUCACCUGUCAUCAGUGUGAAAUAAGUUUCACUCUGAAAAAAAGCCUUAACAGACACAUGAAAAUUCACACUGGAGAGAAGCCUUACACAUGCCCUCAGUGUGGAAAGGGUUUUGAUCAGCGUGUAAACCUUAAAGUCCACAUGAGAGAUCACACUGGAGAGAAACCCUACAUGUGCACUCAGUGUGGAAAGAGUUUCUUUCAAAAAGGACACUUUAAAGAACACCUGAGAAUUCACACUGGAGAGAGCCAUUUCAUCUGCCAACAGUGUGGAAAGAGAUUCACUCAAAAAGGAAGUCUUAACAGGCACAUGAGAAUUCACAUUGGAGAGAAGCCUUUCACCUGCCCUCAGUGUGGAAAGAGAUUCACUCAACAUGGAAACCUUGAAGUCCACAUGGUAGUUCACACUGGAGAGAAGCUUUACACUUGCCAACAGUGUGGAAAAUGUUUCAACCGAAAAGGAAAUCUUAAUGCUCAUAUGAGAGUUCACACUGCAGAGAGCCUUUUCACCUGCCAACAGUGUGGAAAAGGUUUCACUCUGAAAGGAAGUCUUAAAAAGCACAUGAGCAUUCACACCAGAGAAGAGCCUUAUACAUGCCCUCAGUGUGGAAAGAGUUUCAAUGAAAAAGGACACUUUAAAGUCCACUUGAGAAUUCACUCUGGAGAGAAACCCUAUAUGUGCCUUCAGUGUGGAAAGAGUUUCAAUGAAAAAGGACACUUUGAAGACCACAUGAAAAUUCACACUGUAGAGAAGUCUUUCACCUGCAAACAAUGUGGAAUAAGUUUCAAUCAUAAAGGAAACCUUGACAGGCACAUGAGAAUUCACUCUGGAGAGAAACCAUUUAAAUGCGGUCACUGUGAAGAGACUUUCAGAUAUAAAGUGACCCUCAAGUACCACAUCAGGGUUCAUGUAUGAAAUAACUGUUUUAUGUCUUCAGUGUGAAAUGAGUUUCACAGACAUGAAUCACCUUAGAAAUAAUGUAAUAACACCAGAAAGAAGCCUUUUAUGAGCCGUCACUGUGGAAAGACUUGCAGAAAUAAAGCAACCUUGAGGUUCACAUAAAAUCCCAGGUGGCGUCUAGAUGAGAUAUGUAAAAUAGUCUGCACAUUUUCCUUUCAAUAACAAAAUAAACCCAUUGAAAAAAACAGUGUUUGUGAAAGCAUCACAGCGAUUAUGGGUGGGAAUCUUUUGUUACCUCAUGAUUCUCGAUUUUGAAUCAAAUUUUGAUUCUAUAUAUAGAUUUGAUUGUAGUUUACUGUUUUGUGUUACUUUUCUUAUUUGACUGUGGUAGACAGUUUAGAAAAAAAAUCUCACUGAAUUAAUUGCAAACUUGGGAAUUUAUUUUGUUUUUUCUUCCCAUUUUAGUCAACCCAAUAUUAUUGUCAUUUAAGCUGACUGUGAUCAUUACAAACAUGACUGGCAGUCUUCUGUAAUAAAGCAAGGCAGCUCUAAGACAGAUAAAACAUAAAUAAAACUCAUUGAUGCAAAAAUAAAAGCUUUUGCCGCACACUCAACUCAAGCACAGCAUUGGGUCAUGGCUUAUUGUGAUUAAUAACUCUCUUCAAUAACUUUAAGUAGUACAGAAGAAGAAUAUAACAUUAAGAAAUGCAACACGUUAGGAUAUACAGUGGGUAUGGAAAUUAUUCAGACCCCCUUAAAUUUUUCACUCUUUGUUAUAUUGCAGCCAUUUGCUAAAAUCAUUUAAGUUCAUUUUUUUUCCCUCCAUUUUCUUUCAUAUAUUGAUCUCUCCUACUGUUGAAGCUAGAUCUGUCUCUGUCAAAAAGAGGUGCUUAAAUGAGUGUGCUAUUUAUAAAGGCUACAUCUUUAACACCAAGCAUAUCUGCGGACUCUUGAUUUUCUCCUUGAUUGCUUUAACUCAAAAGUUAAGAGUGUAAUAGAUGAUCUUGCUCCUGUGAAAGUCAGGAAAAGUGGCAGACAAAAAGCACCUUGGAGAAACUCAACAGCAGUACAAAAUAUGAAAAGACAAUGCAGAAAAGCUGAGCGCAUGUGGCGAAAGACAAAACUUGAAAUCAACUAUAAUAUCUAGAAAGAGAGCCUUGAUGCUUUCAAUGUGGAACUAUGUAAAGCUAGACAGACCUUCUUCUCAAAAAUUAUAAACAGCAAUUGAAAUAACACCUGCGCUCUUUUUGCUACAGUAGAGACACUAACAAUCCCCCUCAAGUCAGAUUCCCAGUGAAAUGCUCAGACAGCAAAUGCAGUCAGUCUGCUUCCUUCUUUUCUGAGAAGAUCAGUAAUAUCAGACAUGUGAACAGCACAUCCUAAAAUUGCACUGGGGUUAGACAAAUUCGACAACAACAUCAGAAAGUAAUUACUAAGUCAAAUUUCGAAGUAAUUGAUGGCAAAAGAUUGGAAGAAACAGUACAGCACCUUAAAACAUAAACCUGUGCCCUUGACACACUUCCCACAUCUUUUUUUGGUGUGUGUGUGUGUGUUUAACUGUUU